AUGAUGACCGAAACUGGCCCCGUUCUGUCAACGCCCGCAGAACACAUUCUCGAAGAACCAACUCCUCUUGUUGUGCAGUCCAGUGAAGAACGACUGUCGGAAGAACAACUCUACGUGCAAUAUGAAAUCAAGCGAACGAUCGACGAAAUUAGGGCUGGACAAUGGAGGCGCAUUGCUUUGCAGUUUCCCGAUGACAUGCUCGUCGAUGCACCGAGAGUAUAUGAACGAUUGCGAGAUGGUUUGAAGCAGGCCAGAUCAGAUCCGCAGCCAAGUGUCGAAGUCGUGUCCGAGAAACUGGAAGGUGCCAGCCUGGACGAGCAGGUGCAAACAACUCCCGCACAAGAUGUUGAAGAAAAACUCUGCAUUCUCGGUGACACAUCGUACGGUGCUUGUUGCGUCGACGAAGUUGCUGCCGAGCACAUGGACGCUGAAGUCGUCGUGCACUACGGACGAUCAUGUCUGUCGCCAACGGCGCGCCUGCCUGUGAUUUAUGUCUUCACUGCCAAGGCUCUGGAUGUCAAUGCUGUUGCGGCAAGCUUCAAGCAGACUUACCAAGCGAAGGAUGAGAAGGUCUGCCUCAUGGCAGACAUUCCAUAUUCACAUCAUCUCGAUCAGUUGCACAGCAGGCUUAUCGAGGAAGGGUAUACGAAUGUGUUCAAGACCGAAGUCCUCCACAACCCUGCGUCACUCAUACCGAACAGAACCACACCCAAAGGGAUCACGGAAAGUCCAAAUGCUCUCAAAGAGUAUUCGAUCUUUCACAUUUCUGAACCACCCACUUCACUUCUACUGAUCCUUUCAUCACGCAUCAGAUCGAUGCACAUCUUCCCCACGGACUCAAAUGUCAGCACCUCAACAACCACAAUCGAAGCCUCGACAUCACAACUCCUCCGACGCCGCUACGCACUCAUCACACGUCUUGCAAGCGUACCGAUUUUCGGCAUCCUCAUCAACACAUUGAGCGUAUCGAACUACCUCGUCGCUCUACAGCACUGCCAGGACCUCAUCCGGAAAGCAGGCAAAAAGUCCUACGUCUUCGUCGUUGGCAAGGUGAAUGCUGCCAAGGUGGCGAACUUUAGCGAAAUUGGGGGCUGGGUGGUAAUAGGUUGCUGGGAGAGCUCAUUGAUCGAAAGCAAAGAGUUCUACAGACCCAUCAUCACUCCUUUCGAGCUCGAGGUUGCCUUGCAGAGUGAUGCUACGAGGCAGUGGGGCGGAGAGUGGAUUGGAGAUUUCAGCCAGUUGCUGGGCAAGGAGAAGAAGGUUGUAGAAAAUGGCGACGCUGCGAACAAUGGCCAGGAACCGGAUCAAGAAGCAAGCGGUAACUGGGACGAUCAGUCUUCGGACGAUGAGCCACCUGAGUUCGACCUCCGGACAGGGCAAUAUGUAUCGCACAGUAGACCCCUGGGACGACCACGAGCGCUUGCAAGCGAGACUACAUCGAACACCACCGAGGGCCUCGCUGCGCCUCCCAGCUCCGCCCUGGUCCAACGAGCAAAAGGCGAUGUUGCAACCAUCAACGGACAAGUCUCACCAGCAGCAGAAUUCCUCCGCUCUCAACGAACAUGGACAGGACUGGGAAGUGAUUUCGAAAUUGCAUAUGAGCGUGACGAGGAUGGCAAAAUCAUCGGUGCCGCAAUGGAAGAAGGCAGAAGCGGCGUAGCAAAGGGCUACUCAGUGGGCAACGACACUACAAAAGGUUGA